AUGCAGUUACCCAGCGUAAAAAAGACAGUUGCUGAAAAUCUGGCGGAAGUCAAUCAGAAAUUCAUCGAUAAAAUCCAUUGUCAAGAUAAAAAGCGAAUUUUCAUAAAACGGCUACCAAGAAGUGGAUUAAACGAUGCUGAAAUAUUGGCCAAAGCUGGUGAUUAUUUGUCAAUGGGGAAUGGACAGUCGGAAGUUUUGUCAGGUUUCGUCAGUGGUACUGUUUACAAUGACAUCGAUGAUGAAAAUCUGAAGUCAUUGCAAGUCGAGAUCUACAAGAUGUUCUGCUAUUCGAAUCCACUGCAUCCGAUGAUAUUUCCUGAUUGUCGAAAAAUGGAAGCAGAGGUUGUGCGGAUGGUUGCAGAUUUGUUUAACGGUGAUGCAGAUGUUCGAGGAACGAUGACGACAGGAGGCACAGAAUCGAUCAUGUUAGCAAUGCUAGCCUAUCGAAACAGGGCCAAUAGUAAAGGGAUCGAAGAGCCACUAAUGCUUGUUCCGAUAACUGCUCAUGCUGCUUUCGAUAAGGCGGCCGUGUUGUUCGGUAUUCGCAUACGCCAUAUUCCUGUUACUAGUGAUGGGCGAGUUGAUGUGAAAAAAAUGGAGCGAGCAAUUACAUCGGAUACAUGUGUGCUGGUUGCAUCUGCACCAAAUUUUCCUACUGGUACAAUGGAUGACGUCAUUUCGGUGUCUCAGUUAGGGAUGAAAUAUGAUAUUCCGGUGCAUGUAGAUUCAUGUCUGGGUGGCUUUCUCAUACCGUUCAUGAAGGAUGCUGGUUAUACUUUGCCCACUUUCGAUUUUCGUCUGCCUGGAGUGACGUCAAUCUCUUGUGAUACGCAUAAGUAUGGAUGUGCGCCGAAAGGUUCGUCGGUGGUCAUGUAUAGAAAUGCUGAUUAUGUGCAUGACCAGUAUAUACGUGUACCAGACUGGACCGGCGGCGUGUAUGCAACACCGACACUUUUGGGCAGCCGUGCGGGUCUGACAAUUGCAUUGACGUGGUCUACAUUGUUACAUUUUGGUUAUGCGAAUUACGUGUCAAGAACGAAACAAAUUAUCGAGUGCACCAAGCGUAUUGCAAAUGCAAUUCGUGGUGGUGAUGAUAAUAAUCCAAUCCCAGGUUUACGUUUACUCGGUUCUCCUGACGUCUCGGUAGUUGCAUUCGAGAGUGAUAUUGUGAACAUCUAUGCUAUAGGCGAUCAAAUGUCUGAACGUGGAUGGCAUCUAAAUCUAAUUCAAAAUCCGCCUGGUUUACAUAUUUGUGUCACUUAUAACACGGUGAAAGCAAAUGCCGAUGUAACGUUCAUAAGGGAUCUACGCGAAGUGGUCAAUAAAUUGCUCGGUGAGCCGAACAAAGGAAAUGAUUCGGAAAUGGCAGCAAUCUAUGGGUUGGCAGCAUCUGUUCCUGAUAAAAGUAUCAUCAAUGAAGUGGUCAAUGCUUACUUAGAUGCGUGUUAUGCCAUGCCGAACGCAUCAAUUCAAGAGCACUUCAAUGUUUCCUAG